AUGGCAAAGAAAGUCUUCGACCGUACCAAGCCGCACGUAAACGUGGGGACCAUCGGACACGUUGACCAUGGCAAAACCACUCUGACGGCAGCCAUCACCCGCGUGCUGGCUGAAGAAGGCGGCGCAGCCUUCCGGGGCAUGGAUGAAAUCGACAAUGCUCCCGAAGAGAAGGCCCGAGGCGUAACCAUCGCCAUCGCCCACGUCGAAUACGAGACGAAAGAGCGCCACUACGCCCACGUUGACUGCCCAGGCCACGCGGACUACAUCAAGAACAUGAUCACCGGCGCCGCCCAGAUGGAUGGAGCUGUGCUGGUCGUGUCGGCUCCAGACGGCCCGAUGCCACAAACUCGCGAGCACAUUCUGCUGGCUCGCCAAGUGGAAGUGCCUUCCAUGGUUGUCGCCCUGAACAAGGUUGACAUGAUGGACGACGAGGAACUGCUCGAACUCGUAGAGCUGGAGAUUCGCGAACUGCUGAGCCGGUACGAGUUCCCCGGGGACGAUACGCCCAUCGUGCGCGUUAGCGGCCUGAAGGCGCUGGAUGGCGAUCCCGAAGCCAUGCAGGGGGUUCGCGAACUGGUGCAAACCAUGGAUGAUUACAUCCCGCUGCCCACUCGUAUCACCGACCAGGCGUUCUUGAUGCCCAUUGAAGACGUGUUCGGAAUCAAGGGCCGUGGCACCGUCGUAACUGGGCGCGUCGAGCGUGGUCAGUUGAGCGUCGGUCAGGAAGUGGAAAUCAUCCGAUCCGGCGACGUUCGCAAGACGGUUGCCACCGGAUUGGAAAUGUUCCACAAGCUCCUGGACACCACCGAGGCUGGCGACGCCGUCGGCGUGCUGCUACGUGGCGUUGACCGGGACGAGGUCGAACGGGGCCAGGUCCUGGUGGCUCCCGGUUCGAUGCGACCGUACCGGCAGGCUGAAGCCGAAGUUUACGUGCUCAGUCAGCAGGAAGGCGGUCGUCAUACGCCGUUCUUCACCGGCUACAAACCCCAGUUCUACAUCCGAACCAGUGACAUCACCGGCGAAAUCGGACUGCCCGAAGGGGUAGAGAUGGUAAUGCCUGGCGAUAACAUCACGAUGACUGUUAAUCUCAUUACGCCCAUCGCCAUCGAAGAAGGGCUGCGCUUCGCAAUUCGCGAGGGUGGUCGCACCGUAGGCGCUGGCGUGUUCACAAAACUGGUGGGGUAA